CGGAGGAGGCGGCUCCGGCCGUGGGAGCGGCUGUGUGCCCAUGGCGGCCGCGGCGGAGGGGCCGCCCGAGGCCGGCGCGCAGCCCGCCAAGCAGGAUCCUGCUAUUGAAACUGCAGAGGAAGCUAAGGAGCCAGCAGAAGCAGAUAUCAAUGAACUCUGCAAAGACAUGUUCAGCAAAAUGGCCACUUACUUGACAGGUGAACUGACAGCCACCAGUGAAGACUACAAACUCUUGGAAAACAUGAAUAAGCUGACUAGCUUGAAGUACUUAGAAAUGAAAGAUAUUGCUAUAAACAUCAGUAGAAAUCUGAAGGAUUUAAACCAAAAAUAUGCUGAUCUUCAGCCAUAUCUGGAACAGAUAGACUUAAUUGAGGAACAGGUUGCAGCUCUGGAGCAGGCAGCUUAUAAACUGGAUGCAUAUUCCAAAAAACUUGAAGCCAAGUACAAAAAACUGGAGAAACGAUGAAAUGACCAUAGUCUGUAAGCUGGAGUUGGGCAGUGAAUCCGACUGAUCUCUGGUUUUGCACAGCAGCAAAUUCUGUAUGUUGACAAGGAUUUGGUUUACAACUGACAUGGAGUCUGGGACUUUUUCCAGCUAUUGGUAGGCUGUGUUCAGGCUUAAGGCUGAAUAAUAUUUUCCUCUUCUCAAGGGGUACUGUUGCCUCAGUUCUGCAGUGAAAAGUAGAAGGCUGUCUUUUAACUCAUGUCAGUAUUGGCUAUAUGUGUGUUAGUCCUGUUCUCCACAUGAAAUACUUGGUCUAGGGAAUGUCUUCCAUAAUCUGUAAAGAUAUUUUCCCUUAGUAGCAGCUGGACCUAAACUUCAAUUUUUCCUUCAUUGGGUUCUGUGUUGGGAAGAUACCUGGAACUUUGGACUUAAUGGGUGGGGUAUUGAAAACACUUCAUUUUGGUGUCCCCUUUUAUCUGUUUGAAAUAGAGAGACAAAUUUACAAUAAAAUUGCUGUAUAUAUUUCUCUGGAAUCUCAGCUUCUGUUGGAAAGAUUACACAAGCUGUUUUUUUUAUUUUUUAAAGGGAUCUGUUAAUAAAGACAAACUCCUUCAAGCUAUUAGGGAUGAUAGAAGAGAACAUGUUUUAAACGUCUGCAUCAAGUAUUCCUGCCAUUAUAUUCUUUGAGUGUCUGGACCUCUGGUGAAGUUUCAAGACAUAUUACUUUUAUUACUUGCUCAGUUGACUUAGCAGACCCUUUCUCUACUUCACCAGUGAAUUUUGAUCCUAGUAGUUUUUGAAGUGGCAUGCCUACCACAAAAAUCUACUUCUCUACUAGGUUAACAACGUUCCAAAUUGCUGAUUUGGCAGAGCCCUUUGUACUGAACAGUUAUUCGUGCUACUCCAAGGAUAUUUUUUUUGUACCUGCUGACCUUAAGUAAUUCAGGCUGGCUUUUGAGUGAGUUGUGGUUGAAGACAGUGCAAGUGCUGUAUGUAAGAAGGAAGUGGUUCAAACUUAAGAGUGUUUACAAGUCAGGUGCUAGUGUGAUAAAGAUCAUCAUGCUGUCAGGCUGUGUACAGCCAUUGUUUAGUCAGGAUGGACACUUUUCCCUAGUGCUCUUUUUGAAGAGUGAAGCAGAUGACUUUUGAGUGCCUUCACCAUCACUUUGAAAAUCCUGGGUUUGAUAUAGAAAUAGCAUUUCUGUGCUCAUGGUGUUACCUGGCAGGACUGCAGGGGAACACAGGGAGGCACCAUUCCAGCAGGGAAAACCACAGAUCCCACAGGAAAGGCACAGGAUGGACCAUGGGCUGUUCCUCUUGAAAAAGUUGCUUUUCUGUGUGUACAAAAUACAGUGCCAUUUUAAAACUACAAGGUUGAAAACCUCCAGGGGCUCUGAAGAUGGAAAUCCUUCUAGCCAUGCACUGUCACCAAGUGCUCAAUGUUUUCAGGUAAGAAAGGUAAGAAAUAGUUCCUUCACAAACUCUUUGAGUAUUCCACCUCCAGAAAGCAAAAAUGAGAGAAGGGCUUGUCCCACAAUAGACUUUGUUUUUGAGAGGAAAUUUUAGAGAUGGACUUCCUGGCUGGCUGGAAGAGUGUGAGAGUGGCAUCCUAGUUAGGCUAAGAGCUGACAGCUAUGUUCCCAGUUGUGUCUCUGAGUAACUGUUACCCCCCCUGCCUGAGGGACCUCUGGUAGGAUCCACUGGUAGAAUCCACAUCAUGUCAAGGAUGGCAGGUCCUUGGAGAGUAGCACCAUGGAAGAGACACAGGUGUGGGUGAACAGCAUUGUACUGGGGAAAUGUAUAGUCAGUCUAAAAGCAAAGCCACAACUUGGUUACUGCUCAGCUACUGAAGAAUCCCUGAGAAAUUCCAGAGGAGAUAAAUCUCAGAGUUCUUUGCAGCAUUUUCUGGUGGAAAAUAGAGUAAGAAAAUAGUGGGUUCUUAAAAGGAGGAACAGGAGGAAAACAGAAAAGGGAGGGCUGAUGGAUGAGAGUCCAGGGGCCAAGUGAGUUAUCAAAAUGGUCUGCAAACCACUUUGGAGCUGAAGCAGUUCUUGAUGGCUUGGACUGCAACUGCAAACCAGGGAAUGAAAAUCAGCCUAGCAAAUAACAGCUCUUUUAGAAGAAGCAGAAGAGUUCAGUUCCAGAGAAUUUUUUUCCAGCAUCUGAAGACAGUUCUGCCAAGCUGCUCUAACAGGUUAUGCUGAAGUCAUUCAAGUUUCAGAGCAGUACUUUGUGGAGAUAUCCACAGUGUUCAGAAUCAGGGCACAUGGCUUUAGCCCUCUAAUCCCAAAGCCCACUUCAUGCCAUGGUGGAGUCUCCAGGCACUAAAUCUGUUUUGCUGAUCUGCAUUGGCUGCCUCCUUGACUUCUCAGCAUGAAGAAAGAUAACUGGAAUAAGAAAGCUGCACCCUCCUUUGCUUUGGCUAUUUUUGUCAUGGCACAGCUAAAGAGGAAGUACAGUGCUUUCUUCUUUUUAUCUGGUGAGGGAAUUUAUUUCUGUGAUUCUGUGGAAUUUGUGGCUUUUUGCCUUUGCAAUAUCGUGCUAGUAAUGCAUAGUAUGUCUAGCUUAAUAAUCUUUGAAAGGAAGCAAGCUCUGUCUGUUUCACAUAAACAGUUAAUGGCAUUGUGGUAAUUUUACAGUUCUGUCUUUUCCCACAUAAUAUAGAUUCAGCUCUCUUCACUGUAAUCACUAUACAUUGAUGGGAAUGUGAUCAAGGCAGGAAAUGCCAGCCAUUGAUCUGUACAUAUAUGCUUGGCAAGUCAUAUAAACUCUAUUUAUUAUUUUUUUCCUGAUUAAAACAUUGCUGUAGUGAUCUUUAUGUACUUCAUAAAAUAUUGGGAAGAUGCAAGCUGGCAUUCAUCUAGGAAAAGGUACUGGAGGGGGAUCCUGGUAUGAUUUAAUUUGUCCUUUUUCUUCCCCAAUGAACAGCUCUGUAACCACAGUUGGGGUUCUGAUGGGUCCCAUAGGGUCAGUGCAGCUUUAUUCCAGAUUGGGAAUGGACAUUUAUAGAUCAUUAACCAACUCAUUCUUCAAGCCACAGUACAUUUCAUAUGAGUGAAAUGAAGCAGUCAAAUGUGUACAGGACUUGAAAGAGAUUUUGGAGUAUAAGCUUUGUGGACACUGGUUUUUCACUAAAAGAUGUUCUGGAAUAUCAGAAAAACAACAAUUCAGUAUACUACUUCUUUAUUUUGCAGUAUAAAUUGUAAUUUCACAAACCCUUAUUGCAAUCACAGAGGAUAACCCAUCUGCCCAGUCACUGACAAGCUGUAUCCCCAGUACAGUAGACAGUAAGUUUUCGGGAAAGAAGUCUAUAUUAUUUACCACAAAAUACCCUUAUGUUUGUC